CCGCAGCGGGACCGGAGCGGGACCGGGAGCCCCGGGGCUGGAGCGGGCCCGGAGCGGAGCGGGAGCCCCGGUGCCGGUGCCGCUGCCCCGCCAUGUCCAAGCUGCUGCCGGCGCAGGAGGCGGCGCGGAUCUACCACACCAACUAUGUGCGGAAUGCGCGGGCCAUGGGGGUGCUCUGGGCCGUCUUCACGCUCUGCUUCUCCAUCCUGAUGGUGGUGACCUUCAUCCAGCCCUACUGGAUCGGCGACAGCAUCGACACGCCGCAGGCCGGCUACUUCGGCCUCUUCUCCUACUGCAUCGGCAACGCGCUCACCGGUGAGCUCAUCUGCAAGGGCAGCCCCCUGGACUUCGGCACCAUCCCCUCCAGUGCCUUCAAAACUGCCAUGUUCUUCGUAGGCGUCUCCACCUUCCUCAUCAUCGGCACCAUCCUCUGCUUCAGCCUCUUCUUCUUCUGCAACGCGGCCACCGUGUACAAAGUGUGCGCCUGGAUGCAGCUGGCGGCGGCUACAGGGCUGAUGAUCGGCUGCCUGAUCUACCCCGACGGCUGGGACUCCACCGAGGUGAGGAGAAUGUGCGGGGACAAAACCGACAAAUACACGCUGGGCGCGUGCACCGUGCGCUGGGCGUACAUCCUGUGCAUCAUCGGCAUCCUGGACGCCCUCAUCCUCUCCUUCCUGGCCUUCGUGCUGGGCAACCGGCAGGACAACCUCCUCCCCUCGGAUUUCAAAGUGGAGGAUAACGAAGAGGGAAAUGACUGACAGAGCUGAUCACCACGGACAUCCAGAGCUCUUCUUCCAUCAGCCCUUUUCUUUGAAGUGACUCUUCUAGGAAGCUUAAACUUACCAAAUUCUGUGGAUUUUCUACAGCUGUUUUCUUCACCCAUGGGGCUGCUCUUGGCUCACAGCUCUUGUGGAGCUUAUUUGGUGAAAAGAGCCCAAAAUGGACAUGAGUUUUUCUGAGUCCAUCAGCAAGAGGGACAAGAGGGCAAGGAUGGCAAUUUGCUGCUUUUUGGGGGGGUUUGUACACCUUCUUUCAAGGAAAUUAUUUAUGAAUUAAAGAAAAAAAAAACAAACAAC